AUGGGUCAACCAUCUCAACAGGCGUCAAACGCCAUCAUCUACACCACCUACGCAGCUUUCCUGUGCGCAAACUCCUCAUUCAAAGGCCCCUUCGCAGACUUCCCCCCUAACCCCUUGACCCCCUCCCUAGUGCCCGAGAUCGUCCAUACUGACAAAACGGUCCUCUGUGGCCAAAUAGCUUUGGGUUCAGGAAUUUUGUUUACGUACCCGCAGAUCGCCACCAUCGCGGGUGUGCAGGGCCUCGUGGUCUACAGUCUCUCAUCGGCCCUACCACUGCUUGUCUUCGCGUAUCUUGGGCCGAUUAUUAGGAGAAAAUGUCCCGAGGGGUUUGUGCUCACGGAGUGGACACGCCAGCGAUAUGGAGCUCUUGCUGCAUUGUAUCUCUCGGCCUUGACACUCAUCACGAUCUUUCUCUACAUGGUCGCCGAGCUGUCUGCUCUCCAGCAGAUCAUCAACGCACUGACCGGGCUCAACGGCCUCCCUGUCGUGAUCGUGGAAUGUGUGGUGACCACAAUCUACACUUCUCUGGGAGGUUUCAAAGUGUCUUUCAUCACAGACAACAUCCAAGGCGCCAUGGUCGUGGCAUUGAUCAUCAUCGGAUGCAUCACUGUCGGUGUGGAAACCCAUGUCCAAAAGGACUUGAUGGACAAGAGCGGAUACCUGGAUGCAAGUUUGCUGGGCUGGCAGUUGAUGUACAUCCUGCCAGUGGCGAUCCUGACAAACGAUUUCUUCCUUUCCGGCUUCUGGAUGAGGACGUUUGCGGCAAAGACCGAUAAAGACCUGUGGGUUGGGGUGAGCAUUGCCACCGUGGCCGUCGCCAUCAUCCUUACGCUUUGCGGCGUCUCUGGACUCCUGGCUGGGUGGUCUGGCGCUUUGGGCGAUCCGCCCGAGGAGUCCUCGAUUGCCUUCUUCCUGUUACUGGAACAGCUUCCCGCCUGGGUCGUGGGGUUUGUCAUUGUCAUGACGGUUGCUCUGUCCACCGCAGCAUUCGACAGCUUCCAGUCCGCCAUGGUGAGUACCGGGUCCAACGACAUUUUCCGCAACAAGUUGAACCUGUGGGUUCUCCGGGCGACCGUUGUGGUGAUUAUUGUCCCCGUGGUGGUCGUGGCGUUGAAGUCGCCCUCGGUGCUGCAGAUCUACCUGAUCUCCGAUCUCAUCUCUGCGUCUUCCAUCCCCGUCUUGGUCAUCGGUCUGAGUGACCGAUGCUACGCCUGGCGCGGGUUUGAAGUCGUCGUGGGAGGACUCGGCGGUAUCAUGACCGUCUUCCUCUUCGGCCUCGUCUUCUACAAGGGAGACGUCAGCUCCGCGGGUGCCCUACUACUACUCGAAGCCGGCCUGUACGCGGACGACUGGUCUGCCUUUGGAGCAUUCGUGGCCGCCCCCGUGGGCGGGCUGCUGUGGGCGCUCGGCGCGUUUGUACUGAGACUCUCUGUACAAUGGUGCAUCGCCAAGAUUCGGGGCACGAGGUUCGAUGCGCUGGACAAGCCUGCAGCGCCGUCCGCGAGUUUCUACACGGGCAGAACGAGCCCAACCACGGGCGACUCGGAGAGAGACGUCUACGCUGACGGAGACGGCGUUGUACGGAGCCAAGUCGAAGUCAAGGGCAAGUUCUUUUGA